UUGUGUGCUAUAUGGUGACACAGCUCAUAUUUUAAACACUCUUAUUUUUGUAUUUUCUGAGCUGCUAUAAUGUGUGAAUUUCCUACUGAAGGAUCCAUAAAGACAGAAGCUGCUGCUCCUGUUGGUCAGUUGGUGGCGCUGAUGGAGCAAAGAAGGUUUAUUAUUAAGCAGCAGAAAAUUCACAGAAGAAGAUGAAGAGGGGGCUGUCCGGAGGAGGAGGCCCGCCUCUGUCUUCUAUCACGUCCUCAGUGGAGAUUUAAACCUCCGUCAAUCCAGCAGCGGUAUCGUUGAACAGAAACCCGAACAACAACGAGGAUGUCUGGAAGAGGCAAAGGAGGAAAAGGACUCGGUAAAGGAGGCGCCAAGCGGCACCGUAAAGUCCUCCGUGAUAACAUCCAGGGAAUCACCAAGCCCGCUAUCCGCCGUCUGGCUCGUCGUGGUGGAGUCAAGCGUAUCUCAGGUCUGAUCUACGAGGAGACUCGUGGUGUGUUGAAGGUCUUCCUGGAGAACGUUAUCCGUGAUGCUGUCACCUACACCGAGCACGCCAAGAGGAAGACGGUGACCGCCAUGGAUGUGGUGUACGCUCUCAAGAGGCAGGGCCGCACUCUGUACGGCUUCGGAGGUUAAAGUCAGCGUUCAUGGAGCAAAACAAAGGUCCUUUUCAGGACCACAUAUCUCCUCUACAGGGCAGCAGUCAACUUAUCAAUUAUUUAACAUUGAGUCUUCAGAGAUGAGAAACCAGACAAACUGUUGAUUCUAACAAUACAUCAAAAAAUAUUUCUCAGUUUUAUCAAAGUAGAUCAUGCAGAGGUUACAGCAGCUGUGACCCUCUCCUUUUUACUGAGUUUAUUUUCUAUAGUAGUCUUUCCUGUUUGUUUAUUCCGUGAUAAGAAGCUGAUCAGACUGUAGUCUUUCUUUUUCUUCUUUUUUUUUUGUCUUCUGGACUUUGAAAUGUAAGAACUGAGAGACUGCUGCUGGAGAAAAGGAGAUCAGGAGACAGAACUGAGGAGGAUAUGAAAGAAAAAAUCAGGGAGUCCACGGCCAGCUAUAGAAAAACAAACUCUGAAUGAUUAUGAAACUCUUUGCCUACAGGAUGUUUGUGAAGUGAUUGGUAGACAUGUGAUUUCUUUUUUUAAACAUAAAUCUGUUUAAGGAACAACAGCCUGCUGGUUCAUUAUAUUAAGGGUCUGCUAUUGAAAUAAAAAUGCUCUGAAAUUGAAUGUUUUGAUGCCAGAUGACAAAAGUGUAAUAUUAGAGAAAAAAGUGACAAGUAGGAGAGACUCCUGUGAAUAUUAACUUUUUAAGCUUAUUUUAUUUGAUCAUGUUACCAACAUAUUAAAUGAUCAAAGGAAUUUUCUGAUAGAAUAAUUAUUUCAGUAACAGCUGCAUGUUUCUGUCCUUAUUAAAGUCAUUCAUUUCUUAACCAUACAUCAAGAACGGGCUGAUUUUAGAUUUUGAAGGAUGAUAAAGACAGAAAACUACAGUCAUCCUUCAAAAUUUGUCAAAUUAUUUUUCAGGAGGUGCUGAGCCUCUUGAUCGGAUCCAGUCUGGAAAUAAAUCAAUUAUGUGUCAUUAAAUUAAGUUUUUUGUUGUUACAGUUUCAGCUUCUUGUAUUCAGUCAUUUUAAUGCAUAGUUUUUCAAACCAGCCCACAAUAAAUAAAUAUGUGCUCAUCAGGAUGAAUCAGAAAUCAGUUUAAUUGGAAACUAAUAGGAAGAUUUAUAGAAUAUGUGAUCAUUAAUAAAUUUGUGUAAAGUUUUCUGCUGGUCCUUGAGAUCUCCAUAUUGGUCGGAAUACACUCUCUAAAAAUAUGGUAGCUAAGAUAAGGUUAAUAUUAACCAUGCAUCUAAAAUGUCUCAUAUAUCCAAGUGGGUAUCAUGUGAUUGCUGAGUCACUUACAGAAGCUUCAAGCUCUUUGUUUGUUGUUAGUUUAAUUUUGUGUAGUUCCCUCCAGUCUGAACUGUGGGAUCAAAGUAUAUCUUAUUUGAUUACAGCAAACAUGCUCCAAAAUAUCACUUCAUACUGAUUUUCAUUAAGUCUGCUUGUGUUAUUGUA